AUGCGACGCGCGCGUUCGUCGACUCUCGACGCUGGGACGAGUGGCGUUUUCUUCCGCUUGCCGCUCCCGCUGCUCGUGGAAUUCCUCGACCUGCACGAAGCCAUCAGCUUGCUCAACACGAGUCGCUGGCUGCGUCUGGACCGUGUCUUGACGGCCACUGCGCUCGAAAAGACGCGAUACGCGCAGCAUUUUCACCAGAAAUGUGCGGCUGAUUGGUGGCACUUGACGCCUGUGUGGAAAACCGGCGACCGGUUGGCGUUGAGCGACUGGGACGACGUGAUGGAAGACGCAACGCGACCGUCCGAUCUGUGGGCGGACUGCCACGUGCGCACGGCGGCAGGGAAUGCAUUGACGUACUGGAAAGACACGGUACGCGACACGCCCCAGUGGCAACACGUGCCGCUGCUCUCGAUCAUUGACUUUAUGGUGUCCAAGCUCUUGCCACAGAGCUACAUUUCAUUCAAGUAUGCUGCAACAGUGUACACGGCCAGACCGGUGAUUGUCCGACUGCAUCCGUCAGUUGAGAGGCUGAACGGGGAGGAGAAAAAGAGAGAGAUGAAGGACGUUUGCGAUCAGGAUGUUGCACGUCGGAUUAGUGAAGCACUAGGAGCUCAGACAGGGAAUGGGAAACUGACGUCACUCUUUGGGCUGCAUUGGGAGAACAUGAACAUGGACUGCCAGACGGGUGAAGUCACGUGUGCAGUCUGUCAGUUGUAUGCGAACGAAGUCGAGCGGUACCAGCGAAAAGUGGCAGACAUGGUGAAGGAGUGGCGAGCAGCUGUGCAAGCGGAGCUUCCUGGGUGGAAAGCAAAGGGCAUGCAUCAGAUGGAGAUUGACCGUCGGACGUACGAGAUGCGGGAAGACAUGAUUCCGUACAAUGGCUUCUUCACUUCCAAUGUCGCACGGCGUCAUGGAGAUAUCAUCAUUCGGCACAUUUGCUCCUACUGGACGACAUUGGACCAUCUGAGGAUCAACACGCUCGGGUAUCGAGACGCCUCGCAGCUCGUUGCGGCGUUGACUUCGGAUAUAAGGAAACAAUGUCAGCGCUUUGCAAAAAUCAAGCAGGCCAUGACGAACGCAUUUCCAUGUGUUGCGCGAGUUCGCUACGAAGUAGACGAGCAGGAACCUUUUCCAUCAACGAAUCUGUGGCAGAAUGCAGCCGUCACCGAGUUGGUUGCAGGCGUGUCCCAGUCGGGGUUCCUUUGUGGCAUGCUUUUCAUCGAAAAAAGGGUUUGA